ACAAAGCCCUUCCCAGCCAAGGCUCGCGCCAGCCACUCCGCACAUCAUGGCCCCGGCGGCGGCGGCGGCGUUUGUCCCCAAACUCAGCCAGGUCCUGCUGACCCCGGAGCCCCACUUCCUUCCUGGCUACGGCGGUUACUGUCCCCGCUACAAAUUCACCCUGGGCCGGACUUACGGGCAGCUCACGUCGCAGCUGCUGGCCGCCCCCAGCCGCUCUGGCCGGCUGCUCCUCCAGCCCAACUGCGCCCCAAAGGAGCGGCUGGGGCCCGGCAGGAGGGCCCGGGGGAAAGGCUACAGCGGGGUCCCGGGCUACACCGGAUUUGUCCCCAGGGCACAGCACCACUUUGCCAAGACCUACGGAGAAAUCUGCAGGCAGGCCUGGCUGGAGUUUGCACCCAAGCAGGAGUCGGGGGCCCGGGGCCGGGGCCAGGGCCAAGUCGGGGAGGUGACCGAAGGUCCCCAGCUGGAAAGCAGACGUCUCCCUGCCCUGCCCACGGCUGAGACUGACGCUGCUGCUGCUGCUGCCGCCCCCCUGGCCUUCUGGCCCCCAGGAACGCCCCUUGCGUUGGAGAGAACCUUUGUUUCAGGCUUCACUGGCUUUGUGCCUCGCCUCCAGUUCCUGAUUGGAGCAAGCUACCCCAUUCUUGCCCACCGGGCAAUGGUGGAGUUUGAUGAGAUGCUGCACAAAACGGGGCAGGACUCUUCACAGAGGAGGGAUCCCCUCCCGCCCCUGGCCAAGACGUACCCCACAGACCGGGGCCUCCUGCCCCACUACAGAGGCUAUGUGCCAGGUUACAAGUUCCAAUUCGGCCACACCUACGGCCACCUCACCUGCAACGCCCUGGGCCAAACCACCCUGGAGAAGCAGGUGCUGGACGUCACGCAGUAGGGGAAUCCGUAGCUCCCUCGCCAGCACCCUCCCUCAGCCCACCUCGCCGUCCUGGGCAGGCUGUGGGGGUGCCGGUGCCAGACGCUUCCCAGAUUUCUGGGCCUCUUGAGCUGCCAGUCUUCAGAUCCAUGGCAUUCCGAAAGACACAGAGUUCCCAGGAGCCCCAUUGUCCUAGUUGGGAGAGGCAAUUUCCCUGGGGUCCCCCAUGGGGGGAGGGGCUGCGGCUGCUUCUGAGCCUGUUGGUAAGAUGCAGAAGGGAACCUCUGGAGUCCUGGGGGCUCCACUCUACACAGCAGGUGGAAGUGCUUUUUAUUUUUUAUUUUUUUAAUUUGAUUUAUAUGCCUCCCUUCUCCGGAGACUCAGGGCGGCUUACAAUGCGUUAAGCAAUAGCCUUCAUACUUUUGUAUAUUUAUACAAAGUCAGCUUAUUGCCCCCAC